AUGUCCAACCUAGAAUAUCGAGAUCAGCCAGAGCCAUCCAACAGCACGGACAGUGCAUUUACCAGGGAAAUGAUGGAUUCAUUACCCAGAAUAGACACUCCCCCGCCGAAAGAAGUAUCAUUAGAAGCAUACGUAAAACAAGAAGUAGAAAAAGCGAUCAGAGAAACAAGGCUUCUAUACCAAUCCCAGCUCGACGAGGCGCUCGAAGAAGUGAGCGUCUUAGAAAAAAGACUCAAAAAGAAAGUAUCGCCACCUCCAGAAAAGGUGGAAAGAAGUAGGACGGCAUUGGAGAAACCAGAAAAUUUCUCCGGAGAUAAGAAGAAGUACAGGGCUUUCAGGGAGUCCUUACUUCUGCACUUCGAAGACGAUGCCGUUGUUAUGCACCAAAGUUGA